CCAUUCAAACGCAUUCUUACUUUCUCACCGGAUUUUCUGGAGGGAGAAAGAGGUCGUGUAAUGACCAUUAAGAGAGAUUCUUUGAGAGAGAGAGUAAUAAGUUCUGAUUUGAAGGGAGAGAGGGGGAAUUAGGACCUUUUUUAUUGUUCCUGUGCGGGAGUUUUUUUCCUAUUUUCAUCCGUUCCCCUCUCCACAAUCUCCCUCUUCUUGGAGCCUCCCUCCCUCCGUCCCUCCUUGCUCUCUCUCACCCUCUGCGAACUAGAGUUGGAGCAACCUGUGCGAUCAAGAGCAAUCCUGAGCGAGCAAGAGCAGCAACCUCUCAAUCAGAUUCCAUGCUUUAGAAGUAAAGAGAAUUAAUUGCUCAGUAGAAUCACACCUUUGUUUUAGUAUGCCGUUGAGGCCUAAGUCAGAGGCAUCGCAUUCAAUGAUUUUAAAUGCAGUAGGAUUGGGAAGUGUUAAACAAGGUUUCAUGGGGAACGUGACUGUAAGCAGAAGCGAGGCCAUGGCGGUGACAAACUCUGACCCAAGAAAAAUUACAGAGAAGCAGCCAUUGAUGACCCAAACUCUUUCUUCCGUUGAGCCCAAGCCUAAGGCUGAGGAGCCGUCAAAGAGAAAGAAGAUUUGUUGUGCUUGCCCUGAUACAAAGAGACUGAGAGAUGAAUGCAUAGUCGAACAUGGUGAAGCUGCAUGCUCGAAGUGGAUUGAAGCUCAUUUACAGUGCCUUAGAGCGGAGGGUUUUAAUGUUUGAUAUUUGAAGAUGCCUGUGCAGUUAAGAAUGGUGGAAAGAGAGAGUUUUUUUCAAAGAUUUCCGGAAAGGCAUCGGGAUUUUACUCUUCCUUUGAGAUAGUUGGAAUCAAAUAAAUGGGUCCUGAGAUAUGUGACGCAAAUAAUGCGGUUUGAGCGGCUAAAAUUGGCGCCUGUAUUUGGAAAAGUGGAUAUUCGUUCUUACGCUAUGAAAAAAAUAAAAAAGGCCUUUAAAGUUCCCUUC